UGGCGAGGACGCGAGAGCCAGCUCCCCCCUUGCUCAAAAGGCAGCAGGGGGAGGGCUCUCGGCGGCUCACGUGUCCUCCUUCCUCCUAGGCCUCCCCCCCUCCCCAACUCGCCCCAUCUCCCCCGUGCGCUCGCAUUCUGCCAGGCUCUCCCAUCCAUCACUGCAGAACCAGGGUGGAGGAGAAAUGACCCGCUCCCUCUUCCUCCUGCCCAUGCCCGGCUCUACCCGGGUGCGGAACUGAUUGGCUUUGGGGAUCCAAACCGCCCUUCGCAUCGCUGCCUCGUCUUCCCUCGCCUCUUGCCGCUCAGCAGCAAUUCGAGAGGGAAACAAGGGAGAGAAGGGAGAAAGAGGACCGGAUCCGAGAGAAUCCCAGAUUUUCAAUGCAAAGCAAAAGAAAACGGAGAAAGGGGAUCGCCGCCGCCGCCGCCGCCGCCAGCGCCACGAUCUCUCUUGUUGCUCGCGUGCUGUACCAACUGGUGCCAGCCCUGGUUCCGAUUAUGAAGGCAUUAUGAGCUGCCCGCUACAGAACUGGGUGUUGACUGCUUUCCUCUAUCUGCUGCUUUGUCAUUCAGGGAAUUUGGUUGUGCAUCUGGCCCAGGUGAGUUUCCUCGUCCAUGCAUUUGGCUCAGCCUUCAUCCUGGACCUUGAAUUAAAUCAUCACCUGUUGUCUUCACAAUAUGUGGAACGUCAUUUUGGACAAGAUGGAAACAUUAGUCACACCACGGGAGCUGGAGAGCACUGUUACUAUCAAGGCCGACUCCGUGGAGAAGCGAACUCUUUUGCAGCUCUCUCUAGCUGUCACGGCCUGCACGGUGUUUUCUCCGAUGGAAAGGGCACGUACCUCCUGGAGCCUCAUGAUUCACCUGAGCACCAAGAGAAACCACUUGCUCACAGAAUCUACCGAACACCUGCACCUCAUACUGCCCAGGGCUGCACAGAAUCAGGGUGCUUAUUUGCUGCACUGAACAACUACAUUCCUUCUGGGCUCCCCAAACUGCGGCGUCGAAGGCAGGUUCACCGAGGUCACCGGACUGUCCACAGCGAGACCAAAUUCAUUGAACUUAUUGUUGUUAACGACCACCAGCUGUUUGAGCAGCUGCGCCGCUCCAUCGUCCUUACCAGCAACUUUGCAAAGUCAGUCGUGAACCUUGCUGAUGUGAUUUAUAAGGAGCAGUUGAACACACGUAUUGUGUUGGUCGCCAUGGAGACAUGGGCAUCAGGGGACAAGAUCCAAGUAGAUGAGGAUUCCCUGGAGACUCUCGGCGAGUUCAUGAAGUACCGGCAAGAUGCUCUUCCUGAGCAAAGCGAUGCUGUACAUCUCUUCUCGGGGCACACAUUCAGAAGCAGCCGCAGUGGUACAGCUUAUAUUGGAGGAAUCUGCUCAGUCAGCCGAGGAGGUGGUGUUAAUGAGUAUGGCAACGUGGGAGCGAUGGCAGUAACAUUAGCACAGACCCUGGGUCAAAACAUUGGUAUGAUGUGGAACAAGCAUCGUGCAUCUGCCGGGGAUUGUCGCUGUCCUGACUCAUGGCUGGGCUGUAUUAUGGAGGAUACUGGGUACUACCUGCCACGGAAGUUCUCACGUUGCAGCAUUGAUGAAUAUAAUCAGUUCCUUGCUGAAGGUGGAGGGAGCUGUCUCUUUAACAAGCCUUUGAAGCUACUUGAUCCUCCUGAAUGUGGCAAUGGAUUUGUAGAGGCAGGAGAAGAAUGUGAUUGUGGGUCCUUAGCGGAGUGCUCCAAGGGUGGAGGAAACUGCUGCAAGAAAUGCACGCUUACGCAUGAUGCUAUGUGCAGCGAUGGCUUGUGCUGCCGAGGAUGCAAGUAUGAACCCCGGGGCGUCAUCUGCCGAGAAGCUGUGAAUGAGUGUGACAUCCCAGAGACUUGCACUGGUGACUCCAGUCAGUGUCCACCCAAUUUGCACAAGCAGGAUGGCUACUUUUGUGAUAAUGAGCAGGGCCGGUGUUAUGGAGGCCGCUGCAAAACCAGGGACCGCCAAUGCAAUGCCUUGUGGGGGCGUGCUUCAGCUGAAAGGUUUUGUUACGAGAAGUUGAAUGUUGAAGGCACUGAGCGUGGGAACUGUGGGCGAGAGGCCAACCGCUGGGUGCCAUGUGUCAAGCAGGAUGUAUUGUGUGGAUACCUCCUCUGCGCUAACGUGACAGGGUCUCCACGUGUGGGUGAACUUCUUGGUGAAAUCACCACAAUGACUUUUUACCACCAAAAACGUUAUGUUGACUGCAGGGGCGGCCAUGUGCAGCUUGUGGAUGGCUCGGAUAUAAGCUACGUGGAAGAUGGGACGCCCUGUGGACCCAACAUGCUGUGUCUCGAUCACAAAUGCCUUCCUGUGUCUGCCUUCAACUUCAGCACCUGCCCAGGCAGCUGGGGUGGCCAGAUCUGCUUUGACCAUGGGGUCUGCAGCAACGAAGGCCAGUGCAUCUGUUAUCCUGACUGGACAGGCAAAGACUGCAGUGUCUUUGACCCCAUCCCAGAGCCCAAGCCUACAGGGGAGACAGAGAAGUACAAGGGUCCCAGUGGCACCAACAUCAUUAUUGGCUCCAUCGCUGGAGCCAUCCUGGUGGCUGCUAUCGUCCUCGGUGGCACCGGAUGGGGAUUUAAGAACAUUCGCAGAGGAAGGUAUGACCCAGCUCAGCACAGCGUGUAGCAUCUCCCCUUGCUGCUGCCGCCACCACCACCACCACCACCGCUGCUUCUCUCCAUCAUCUGCCAAUUCCAUCCCACCACCACCACCACCCUUCUCAUCGCCUUCACCCCGCGCCCCCCCCCUUGCUUGCAAUGAUCACGGAAGGGGUGGCCGCACCGGAGCUCCUGCAGGGGGUCCCUCUCGGCAAGGAGGAUCUCAUCUGUGCCGUCGCUUUCCUUCACUCAUC